AUGGCUCGUACCAAGCAGACAGCUCGCAAAUCCACCGGCGGCAAGGCGCCACGCAAGCAGUUGGCUACCAAGGCUGCCCGCAAGAGCGCGCCAGCCACCGGCGGCGUGAAGAAGCCUCAUCGCUACCGCCCAGGCACCGUGGCGCUGAGAGAGAUCCGGCGCUACCAGAAGUCGACCGAACUGCUGAUCCGUAAGCUGCCGUUCCAGCGGCUGGUGCGUGAGAUAGCGCAGGACUUCAAAACUGACCUGCGCUUUCAGAGCUCGGCUGUGAUGGCCCUGCAGGAGGCGUGCGAGGCCUAUCUUGUGGGACUCUUUGAAGACACCAACCUUCGGUACCCGAUUACUAUGUCUGGUCGAGGCAAGGGAGGCAAAGGCCUUGGGAAAGGGGGUGCCAAGCGCCACCGUAAAGUGUUGCGUGACAACAUCCAGGGCAUUACCAAGCCCGCCAUCCGCCGCCUGGCUCGGCGUGGCGGAGUCAAACGCAUUUCAGGUCUCAUUUACGAAGAGACUCGCGGGGUGCUUAAGGUUUUUCUGGAGAACGUCAUCAGGGACGCCGUAACCUACACCGAGCAUGCCAAGCGCAAGACAGUCACUGCCAUGGAUGUGGUCUACGCGCUCAAGCGUCAGGGGCGCACCCUCUAUGGCUUUGGCGGUUAAGUG